AACAAAAAAAAAUCUAAUAAGAGUUAAUCGUAAAAAUGAAACUGAAAAAUAAAAUAAAAAAGGAAAUAAAGUAAAUACUAAAUGAAACAAUAGUAUAAAACAGUUAUUAAAGUAAUAAAAUUAAUUAAUAUAAAAAUAUGAGUGCAUUAAAAUUUAUAUAGUAUAUUAAAUUUUCCAAUUAUAUUCCUAUUAUAAAUAGAAUAGUAUAUGUUAAUUUGAGUAACUACCUUUUAAAAAAUAAAGAUAAUAUCUUAGAAUAAAGACACGGUAUACACAACCGCCUCUCCUAUAAAUAAAUACCGUACCAUAGUGCAGCACAUAACUUUUACACUUUAUACUUUUAUAGUACUCUCAGCCCCCAAAUAAUAAGUCUUUCACAAUUACAAAUUAAUCUUUUUAAUUUGAGUUCUAAAACACAUUAAUUAUUAACUAAUCGCUAAAAUGAUGACUCCAAAAUGGCUUGUUUCCAUGACUAAGAAUUUCACUGCAAAGAAGAAAAAAAACAUAACGACGGCAGCAUCAGCAGCAGCAGCAGCAGCAGCAGCGAAGGAAGAGCACGUUGUCGUUUACAGCAGAGACGAGAAGCGUUUUGAGUUGGCUUUGAAAUAUAUGGGAAGUAUAGUGAUAUUGGAACUGGUGAGAAUGUCAGCAGAGAUGGAUGGUAGUGCAGUGGGUGGUAAUAAUGGUAUUAGUUGUAUUAGGUUGCCUUGUGAGAGUUCGGCUUUGGAGUAUGUUAUUUCUUUCUUUGAUAAGCAUGAUGGACAUGUUGAUGAAGAUACACAGAAGGCUCUUCUAUCUAUUUUCACCUCAAAUAUUGAUCACACUGUAAAUACAUCAUCAUCAAUCACCGCCUCUUAAUUCAUUUGCUUGGAGUUUGGAAUCGGUUCUAUUAUUAUAAGAAUACAAUAUAUAAUAUUUAUGUUCUGGUGUUUGUAGUUGUACUCAUAAAGUUAUUCAAAUUGACCGCACAAUAUUCAAUCUUGAGUUAAGAUGUAUUUCAGAUAAAUAUAUAAUGUUUUUUCAUUCA